AACGAAAAGCGAGAGUAGGGGAGUCCACACAGACAAGAAAGAUGGAUAAAACUAUGCACUUGAUCAUUCUCUGUCAGUGUAUAAGCGCGAGAGAUUCUUUAAACAUUCUUCUUAAUAUAAACUGUUCUCUUUAGAAAAUAUUCUUCUUAAUUAGUUUUCUAAACUCAAUUCUUCAUUUUUUUUUCAUCAAAAAACAAUAUUGUUUUCCAACAUUAAAUGAGAAAAUAGUUUUUGAGAAAAUUAAAGUUGAAGAAUCAAUAGGAAUAAUAAAAGAUCCUUGGAUAAAGUAUCAAGAAAAGUCGUCGACAAAUCAUGACUAAGCUAAAGCAAUUCACGAGAGCAGAGAUUGAAAACAGUGACGUUAAGCAAAAUACGUUUAUUAUAAUACACGACAAGGUGUAUGAUGUUCAUCAAUUUUUAAAUGAACAUCCAGGAGGUGAAGAAAUUCUUUUGGAUCAUCGUAAUAAGGAUGCAUCUGAGGAUUUCGAUGACGUGGGUCAUUCGACUGAUGCCUUUGAAUUAAUGAAUAAAUACAGAGUUGGCGAAUUAAUUGAAAGCGAUAGAAAAAAUGUUCAACCAAAAGCUGGAUGGGUAGCUGGUUAUAAUUCCAAAGAACCAGAAAAAUAUGUUUCUGGACCAGGUGCACCAUUUUAUCUCUUUAUCAUUGGUGUAAUAGGAAUUUUAAUUGCAAUAAUGUAUCUCAAUGCAUAAACUAUAUAAAGUAAAUAAUUUUAUAUAUUAUUAAAAAAGGAGAUAUUUCGAAAAAAAAAUUUCAACAAUAAAGUACACUUUAAAUAGUAAA